AUGAAAUAAGAGACAAAAAGAACAUUUGAUCACACGCUCUUUACUUACAUUGAGACAAUGACGUUUAAGUCAACAGUAAGGAAAUACAGUUUAAUAAUACAUUUGUUCAAGACAUUUUUUCAAGAAAAUACUUUAGCUGCAACACUAAAAAUUCAUUACAUUUAAACAAUACACAUCCAUCCAUAAUACAUCAUUUAUAUGCAUUUUCAGUGUUUUUAUUGGACUCUUUCUCGUUUUUUUCUAUACAUAUUACUCAUCAGAACAUAAUAUUAGAAUGAACAAUAUUUACUACAAUUUAAGUGUGUAAAUGUAACUUCUGGAAUACGUUUUUAUUGUUAUGGCAUCUGGAAUCAGAAAGACACUGCGCAAGUGUAGGUGCAGCAUGACCUGUAAUUCAUUAAGACACAUUUUUUGCUUUAAAUUUCAGGUAUCUAUUAAACUUUGACUUGAAAUACUUGCAGUUAUACCUGAUAUGCAAUUAUACAAUACAACUUAUACAAUUAUACAAACUGUUAUAUAUAUAUAUAUAUAUAUUCUUUGAUAAACACAAUCCCUUUGAAUAAUGUGCAUUUCAUUUAGAAAUGUGUGUUAACAUAUGUAUUUAUAAACGUAAUAUAAUGUUAAAAAUAUUGGUGUACAUAAUAGACCAGAUCAUGCAACAUAUUGAAUAAACUCGAUACGUUUAUAUUCUGUCAUGAGUGAGUGCAUUUGUUUAUCUUAAAAGUCUGAGUGAUAGACAAGUGAACAGACCAAUCACAAAAAUGCCCCAUGUCUCAAGCUGGGUCACAGGCCUCGUUGAGAAAUGCAUUGGCCACCGAAUAUAAAAAGGCUCAUUCAAGUCCAAGGGUUAACACAAAUGUUUAAAAUUAUAAUAAAUUAUAGUAAACAAUAGCAAAAAUUACCCAAACAGAGUACAUGAAAAGUUUUACGUUUUCCCCCAGUACAUUCGGUGUAUUUUAAUUCCUCCAGCUGAUUCGAUGCAGUUUGGUAAAACGGCAUAAUAAUGAAAUUGUCGAACACGAAUGUUACCUUUUCCUUAAUUUGAAAUGUGUGCUAAAAUUGGAAAACAUUUAUGUAGUGUGUAUAUAUUACAAGUAAUCAAAGGAAAUAUGGUAGGAUCCAGAAAAACAAAUUGGCUUACAUACAUAUGAAGAAAAACAAUAAACCGGGUUUAUAGGCUAUUAUAUAAUUUAGUAAUUGUGUGAGGAAAAAAAAUCAACAUACUUACUAAAACUCGCACAGCUAACGCUAUCAUCAAAGAAAAUAAAAUGGCUGUGAUACACAAUUGCAUGCAAUUCACUAAAAAGUUUAUUUUAAAGUUUUCUUUUUGUUUUUUUAUGGAGCGUCGAUGUUCACAAAUGCAUUUAAGAUGAACAGUUAAUUAUCAACAUCACUGCGACCACAACUAAAUGUAUGCUCUUCUUGAUCAUUUCUGUACAAUUUAAAAAUACAAUGUAAGCUACACUGUUGCGGAUUGGAUAUUCUAAAUAAACCAUUAGUUCCUCGUCUUUUAUAUUUUGAAAAAUACAGAACGUCAAUUACGCAGAAAAAGAUCAUGGGAAAAACAUUAGCAGUCAUCUUCCAAAAAACAAAAACAAAACAAAACAAAAAAACCACACCAAUGUAUAAUAAAAUAUUUAAUAGCCCACACAAUUAAUAUAUAAUUAAUCCCCCAAAUGCAAUUUGUAAGAUAGCGAAAAUAAUGGAUGAAGCAGUGUGUGUCGGGAUAGACAGGAAAAUAAACAGAACGUAUAAACAAUUCCUUAUUCUAUAAAAUUACAUGUCUAUUUUGAAAACAGAGCCUAUGUACAGUCUUGUAAAAGUGUGUGGAAUUAACCAUUCUUUAGAUUGAAUAAUCUUGUGAAAUUUACCUUUAAUUUGCAUGAAGUGUUUAGUUUACUUGCCUCUCUCUCUUUCUUUUGCAGACGCACAAGCCACGUAACUGUAUAUCUGAAGACGAUUGUUCUUUGUUCUGUUGUUGGUUUCCUUGUCCGUAAAAAUCGGCUAGAUGGCGCCAUUGCUCCAUGCUGUACCACGUAUAUUCAACAACUUGACCCCAGUGACGUCAAGACGGUCUGGCGCAUCAAGGCCACUUUCAAAACCCUAUUGGUCUGAAAAUCACAUGACAAAGCGCCUUGAAUCCAUAAUUAUGUUGCUGAUAUUUUUCGCCCCCCCAAAAGAUGUCAGCGUCCUACUGUCCUUAUCCUCUUCGGCAUAAAGGAGAUUGUUUUGAAUCAAAAGAAAAACAAGCCAAGUUGCAAAAUGUCAUGCCCGAACAACGUGGCAGCCAACAACACAUUCCUGAUGGACUCGCUUGUGGGAGGAACAUCUCCGUACAGAGGUGAGAGCUAUUCAACUAACUCUGGAAUGUAUAUGCAAGCGUCUGCAGAAUAUGGUUGCUCCAUGAUGGGUAGUUUUGGUAUUGUCGGUACCCCUCUCUCCAAACGGGAUGACCUGCAGCCGAGUGGGAUGCAUCUCAGCAGUUACCAGCACUCACAUUACCUGUCGCAGCGGGACGCUUGGAUCGCAGGCUCUAAAACUUACAGAGGCUCCCAACCUGUUGCCCAGCCUUUGCACCCAUGUUCGUUUCCAGCCAGCCAUGUGAAAGAGGAAGCGAUUCCGUGUCUUUACCAGCCUGAUAUCGACAGCGCUAAGGAGUCCGCUGAGAAAUCCACCUACAUCCGUCUGGGAGACAAUAACAGCCACCCGAAUCAAAGCGCCGUCUCCACCCCCGAUUAUUUCCGACGGAGCCAGGUGUACGCCAGUGAAAGGGGCCACCAUGGAGAUGAGUUCGGCUCGGACUUUAACACGAUACCCAGAAUAUCCACGCCUGUCGAGGCACUAGCGGCAGAUUCAUAUGUCAAAAGCAGCAAAGCAAGGCAGGACCCAGAAGACAAGGGAGGAAAUACGCAGGAAGACGACUUGGAUCAGGGAAAGGCUAGAAAAGAAGAGAGUGUCGCAAAAACAGACAGUUGUACUGAUGAUUCCGAAAGCGAAUUGAAAGAUGAGGCUAAAUUGGAAAAAACAACGGGGAACUGGCUAAAAGCGAAAAGUGGACGAAAGAAGAGAUGUCCUUACACAAAGCAUCAGACACUUGAGCUGGAGAAGGAGUUCUUGUUCAACAUGUACUUGACUCGAGAGCGCCGUCUGGAGAUCAGCAAGAGUAUCAACCUCACAGACAGACAGGUCAAGAUCUGGUUCCAAAACAGAAGGAUGAAGCUAAAGAAGCUCAACAGAGAAAGUCGCGUCCGAGAGCUAACAGGCUAUAGCUUCAACUGAGGGCUUAGGAAACAGACAGAAGAAGAAAUAAUAAAUACUCUCUCGCGUUCCCCACCUUUAGCCCAUCUCUAUUUUUUUUAAUCUCUUUUUUUCCUCCCUUUUCAUUCACAGACUCGCAUACACACAUAAAACUUUAAAAUAGCAAAGCACUGGCCCAUGACUUUCAUUUCAAAGGAACUGGAACAUCCUGCAAACAGUGUUACAUUUAGUUUACAGUUAGGCAGUCUUAUUUAUCAUUGUUGACCAGACCUGAAUAAUAGUUGUAAAUAUGGCAGUAGCGGAAGAAAAGGAUGCUUGGUACAAAUAUUCGUGGCAGACUUGUAAUUUUGAAAAUCCUUAACUCAGAAUAUAAGAACGAGAUUUCUAUUUGAUGUCUUAGCUUAGUUUGUUUGCUGUCAGUGCGCGUGUCUUAUACAAUGCGCGCUCUGUAUUUUGCAUGCUUUGUUCUUGACGUGUAUUUGUCAAUUUGAUGUUUAACUCGACAGGCUGAUAAAUAAAACAGGGGGUGGGAAAAUAUUAUGUCCUGGUAUGUCCUUCCCCUUGCAUAUUUUCCUGUUUUCUGUUGACAAAAAUUUUGGGUGAAGAUAGGGAAGAGAGGCAGAAGGAGAAAGUGCAUAGCACUUUCAGUAUGAGUGGGAGACCCAUAACGUUGAUUUAAAUAUUAUCCAGGUGACCACAGUAAGUCAAGGUCAUAAAAUUGUAAUGUCAUGACGGUCCUGGAAAGCGCUGGGGGUGGAUUUUAUGAUCUGCAAAUAUAAUGUGCUGCUGCAGUAAAGAUGCAUUAAAAGGUGAGUGGAGGAGGGCUAAUUCACAUACUCGGGACUGCAAUGUGCUGGCCUCACUGACGCGCUCUGCGGUCUGCCUGGCUGUUUUGGAACCGGGAACCUUUCAUUAUGGAGUUAUGGAACGCUAUGGAACGAUGGACUGAUCACGGAAGAAUGAAAGAACUACAGCUGCAGUGAAUGAAUGAGUGGAUCCUAUGAGCUACGCUAAUCAGACUGUGUGCAGAACGUUCAAGGUAGGAUCACGUUUUCCUUAUUUUCUCCCCGAUUGAGCUGAGGGAGGCUAUUCUGGAUACCCUCAAGCAUUGACAUGGAUAACAUCUCUGAUUUUAACGAAUUGGAUUUUGCUCUUUAUGCUUCUGACAGUUGUUAGCAGAGUGCUGUUGUGGAUAAUGUGCCCCAUAUUCCAAGUUAAAGUUGUGGAGAUCUACUUAUAACAUUAUGUGUUAUAAAUUAAUGGAAGCUGUUUGCAUUCCCUCUGAAGGACAAUUUAUCAUUUUUUUACUACAAAUCUAUUUUUAAAUUAACGAUUUGUCCACAUGUGCGUUUAGGUCUAAAAAAAGCAACAGGAAACUCUUUUGACAGUCUCAUUCUUGUUGAAGAUCUAUACUUAUUUGCAUGCUAGUAAUUUGCCAGUGUGUCUUUCCGACAUGUAGAUAUGUGGGGGUUUUGUUCUUCUUCUUUUUUUUUUUCUUUUUUUUUUGUCUUAGAAAUAGCAAUAGGCCUACUGGUUGAUAGAAGUGUCAAUUGGUUCAUUUUGGUGUUAAUUCUUAAAACUACCCAAAAAGCCAUGGCCUUUCGGGCAUAGGCUAGUAUAGAACCAUAACAGACGAUGUUUGAUUAAAUUAACGCUCGAGGCACUGAGGAAUGGAAUAAAAUCCUUACUUAUCUGUGCA